AUGCCUACCCCUCUCGAUAAAGCCAUGCAAUCCAAGAACCUUUUCCUGGGUUUUGCGGGAAUGGUCACGGCGGCUGCUGUCUGGGCCAUCUGGGGUAAAGAUAUAACGACGCAACCAGAUCCAACCGGAGAUCCCAACAACUGGACGGCCGAUGAGAUGCGAAGAUGGCUUCACGCCAGAGGACUUUUGCCGAAUGAAAGCUCCACGCGGGAGGAGCUACUGGAACGAGUCAAAGCGAACUUGCGUGUACCGCGCAGAUCCGCCUCCUCAUAA